GCUGGAUGUGCUUCUGCUGGAAAGGCUUUGGAACCGGCGGGGUGAGCCGGCCGCGGUGCAGGCCGUGUCCCCUGUUGCUCGGAGGCUAUCAGCCCCGCUGGCGGAGGGUUGAGCCCCGCAGCUGGGGGCGGCAGCGGAGCCGUACACCGCCCCGCCCCGCAACGGGAAGACGGAAGGGUUUCGGGGCAGCCCCGCUCCUCGUCGGAGAGGGCAGCACCCGGUGCCAUGGCGCGACUUCGCUGGCAGCCCCACUGCUGAGGGAACCCCGCGCCGGGAGCCGCCAUGGCCGCCCUUCGGUCUGCCCUCUGUAGCUGCCUCCUGCUCUGCGUAUCUGGAAUAGUGCCAAAACCCCAAAACACAAGGAUUACUUCAGUUAAUCUUCGUAGCAUUUUACAAUGGGAUGCACCUAGGUUUUACAAAGGGAAUAUAAGUUACACUGUCCAAUCUAAGAGCAUCAAUUUACCUGGAGACACAUACGAAAAUGUGAGCACAAAUUUGAGACUCACAGAGUGUGAUGUCUCUUCUCUGUCUGCAUAUGGAGACUACAUUUUACAGGUCCGAGUGGAGUCAGAAAAUGACCAUUCAGACUGGACGGCCAUCAGAUUUAAGCCAAUGGAUGACACCAUCAUUGGGCCACCUGACGUAAAAGUGAAGUCAGAGUCUGGGUCUCUGCAUGUGGAUUUCAUAGGCCCUUUUGCUGAGCGUGACAACUGGCCUCUGAAGCAGUAUUACGGUUCAUGGAAUUACAGGAUACUGUACUGGAAGAAAGGCAGCACUGCUUCCGGGGUAGCUCAUGUAGACACUAAACAUAACACUGAAAUCCUCUCUCAGUUGGAGCCAUGGACGAUAUAUUGUAUUCAAGUGCAAGCAGUUAUCCCCGAGUGGAACAAAACAGGGGAACUGAGUGAAGUGCUGUGUGAGCAGACAACCCACAACGGUGUAACUCCUGUGUGGAUAGUUGUGACCAUUCUUAUAGGAUCAAUGUUGGUCGUUGUGAUAUCUGUUCCUGUCUGUUUCUUUUUGGUUUUGUAUCUGUAUCGACUCACCAAACAUGUUUUCUGUCCUUCAUAUGUUUUCCCACAACACUUGAAAGAGUUCUUGAACAAGCCUUCCAGUGGUUCACAGAUUUUUUCUCCAGUCCCACAAGAAGAGCAUCUCUUUUAUGACAAGCUAACUGUCAUUUCGGAAGAAUCCAAAAGUCACAGUGAUGAGAGUGGAGAUGAAGCCAGCAAGACACCAGAGCACCUUCAGGACUCUGAACAAGAAAAUUCUGAUUCAAGAAUAGUAUCAGUUUCAGAAAAGGCCUGAAUGCACUCCUCAUACUUCACUCAGACCAAAGGAAAAUCAAAUGGUCUGUUGAACUUAUCUUCUACUUGCUACAGUCUUAAGACAGUAAAAAUGAAUACAUGAAGAUGUGUACACAGACUUUUGACAGACAUACUAUUUUUUUGAGUACAAGAAACUUGACUAUAAAUGAGGAAUUAAGCAAUACAUAAUUUUUGCUACUGUUUGUAGUGGCUCACUUUUAAUUUGUAGCAAUACCUGACACUGUCAUGACAUUAAUUUAAUGAGCAAUUACAUAUAAUACUAGUUAAUUUAACUUUGAUGAACUAUUUAUUGCAGAAGUUAAUAAAACUGAAACUU